UUGCCAAAGCGUGAUUUUACGCGUUCCGCUUUGUUUUUUUAUUUAUCUGGAGCAUCCCCUCGUUGAAGCCAAGAGAAACACGUCAACAAGCUUUGCUGGAUCGUGUGUGAUUCGUGAACCACGCAUUUGAGAGGACGUGAUUUAUGCGUCGCGUGUCCUAGGGAUAAAGGCAUUGAAGCCGCGGUGCAGAGGAAAGCUUAUGACAAAUGCCGGCGCCCAUUAGGCCACCUGCCGCGCUCUCGUUGUGUGCUCCACGCGACAGAGUUUGGAGAUCGGGAGAUUAUUAUGAAAGCGCGCGGCUCAUUCGCGACAGCGACGCGGUCCAAGUGAGACCGCCGCCGCGUCGAGCGAACGCUACCCUUGGUAUCUGCUAAUUAUCACGUAUAGUGCACAAAAGGCCGAGGGUGCUUGCUACUAUUGUUAGAUUAAGCUUGAAAGGGGAAUCGCCACCGACCGCAGCCAUGCCACCCGAGUGGGAAAUAACUUUUACAACUUCUAUUCUGCGUGCACAAAUUAACUUGGCCGUGUUGGUCGAGUCAUUCAAACUCGGCCCGAGCACCACACACUUGGGCAUGAGGUCGGACCUCGACGACUUCAUCAAGGCGUACACCAACGUCCGCACCUCCAAAGAUGGCACCUACCAGGACUUCCUCAAGGAGGGCAACCUCAGGUACAAACGAGGAGAGCUGUUUGAGGCAGCGGCCGCGUACACGAGAUGCGUGUGUCUGAGCGCGGUCGGCGACGUGGAGCGGGCCAAAGCGCUGGCGAGCCGCGGCGCCGUGCUGAUGAGCUUGGGCCGUUUCGAGGAAAGUGUCAUCGACUCAGAGAGGGCCCUGCAACACGCCUACCCUGAGAAGCUGCGCUUCAGGCUGCACCUGCGCAAGGCCCAGUGCUACAAAGAACUGGGACAGUUGCUCGACGCCGAGAACGAGAUGCGCAGAACGCGCGAGCUGAUCGCGGCCAGCCAGGUCUCCGACGAGCAGAAGAAAGAAAUUGCAGACAUCGCCGAAAAAACCUUUGCUGGCAGGUGCGAGGUUAAGACCACCAGGGUCAGGGUGGAGUACACGCGCCCACCGGAGCUCAGCUUCGGCACUGACGAACUCAGGCCGUGCCUGUCGACGGCAGUGGAGAUUGCCACAUCUGAAAAGUACGGAAGGCACUUUGUUGCGACCAGGGAUUUGCAAACAGGUGACGUGAUGUUAAAAGAGGAGCCAGCUGUCUGCGGAUUGAAGAGCGAAGCCAAGUGGACACACUGCGCACACUGCUUCCGACCCAGCUAUACACUGUACCCGUGCAACACGUGUAACAAGGUGCUGUACUGCUGCGAUGAAUGCGAAAAAGCCGCCUCUCCAUAUCAUGAGGUCAUUUGCAUCCCGAGGAAAAAGUACGAGGAUGAAUUUAAAGCCGAGUAUGACCUAUCGGAGAACAUCUUCUCCAGCUUCGCACGCAUCUUCGACUUCCUCGCCUUCUUGGGCGUGGAGAAUUGCGCAAACUACGACAACCCGUCGCACCCGCGAUCGGAGCGGUUCCGUUUGCUGACCGAGUUCCUCACGCUGAUCCACCACCCGCUACCUUACGAGGAGCAGAUCAAGUCGCUCUGCUCCGACAUCAUCAAGCACUGCUUCCAGAUCAGCGACAACGCCAAGGUGGCCAAGCUGGCCGAGUUCUGCAACCUCGCCUUGCUCAAGCACAACGCCAACAGCUUCAGCAUCGAGGAGUGCUUCAUCUACGACCAGUCGGACGAGAUCGACCUAAAGCAUGUGGCCUACGGCUCGUACCACGUCGCGUCGCUCUGCAAUCACUCUUGCGACCCAAACGUCGUGUGCACUUACUACGGGAAAACCAUGGUUGGCAGAGCAGCCAGGCCGAUCAAAAAAGGGGACCAACUUUUUAUCAGAUAUUGCAAUCUGUUCUACAACUUGCCGAAGGAAACGCGGCGCGAAAGACUGAGUCAGUACAACUUUGAGUGCGACUGCGAUGCCUGCAGAUUUGACUGGCCGGUGGCGAAGUUGAUGGCGGAGGACCCAUCCUUCUUCCUCGGCACCGACGCGCCCAACCUCAAGAACCUAGUGAGGAAAGAGAGCCACACCUCCGGCCUGGCCAUGAAAUACGCGGACAUCGCGGCCGUAGAAACGUUUGAACUGGCAAGGAUGCUGCAACGAGCGUAUUUCGAGCCUGCGGCCUCUCGGCUUGACCAAAUGUACAAACUGAUCCAAAUGGUCAUUUUUUACCACUGGGCGGUCAACACGCGCACUUUUAAAUGUGAUCCCUGUGUCUAAUUGAUCUGUAAUAAUGCGCUUCAAAGACGUCACUUAAAUUUAUUAUUUUGUAUCUGAAUAUCCUCUUUAAAAGACAUUUUCGUUCGCAUAUUAUAUAUGUUCAUGUUUUAGAUUAUUUUGUUGAUUACAAUGUUUACGAUUUCCCAUUUUAGUGAAAUUUUUAAGAUGCAUAAUUGAAUAUUUCAUGGACAAAUAUUCAAAUAAAUUUACAACAGUUAAA